AUGGUAUGGAGCGUUGUGCAAGAUAUGCCUUUAGAUCUAAGCUGUCGUGGCUCUGAGAGGAAACUAAAUUUGCUAAAUCCCACGAAAUUUCAAAGAUGUUUGCCCUGUCAGACGUGUGGCAAGAAUUUUGAUAGACCAUCGUUGCUGAAAAGACAUCUGCGGACUCACACAGGUGAAAAGCCGCAUGGUUGCACCGUGUGUGGAAAAAUGUUCAGCACGAGUAGCUCCUUGAACACACACGUAAGAAUUCACACUGGAGAACGUCCGCACGAAUGUCCCAUUUGCGGGAAACGUUUCACUGCAUCCUCUAAUUUGUAUUAUCAUCGAAUGACGCAUUAUAAGGAAAAACCGCAUAAAUGUAACGAGUGUGGCCGCUCUUUUCCAACGCCUGGUGACUUAAGGGCUCACGGAUAUUCUCACACUGGUAACUGGCCGAUGCGAUGUUCUGUUUGCAAUCGGGGAUUCUGUAAGCCAGCGGCUUUGCAUCAUCACAUGCAACUACACAAUGGAGAUCGAUCCCAUCGUUGCAGUGUAUGCAAGAAACAGUUCUCCAUGGUCACCAGCUUGCGAUCCCAUGAGCGAUCUCACGAUCUAAACGCGUCAAUUCGAAGUAUCGUGAACUGUGCCAACGUGGAAAACAAUACAACUAUGGGCGCCAUUACGUUUGACGAUGUGAGCAGAACUUAUUUGCAAGUUCCUGCAGCUUACUCAUGGACCUCCUGGAUACCUUUACAGUAUACCAAAUAA